UAGAUACAUUGCAAUCGUUUAUCCACUAAAACCACGAAUGACUAAAAGAAAAGCAAUCACUCAAAUUAUAAUCGUGUGGAUCUGUGGUAUAAUGUUUGCGAUGCCGUGUCUUGUCUUCGCUCAGACACUAACCAUACCCUACAACCAAAACAUAAGCCGAACCAUAUGUUUGCUCGAAUGGCCCGACGGUCUGUCCGGACAGUCAGAAUUGGAUUUCAUCUAUAACAUAGUGUUUCUACUGUUGACAUACAUCGUUCCCGUGUCAACAAUGGUCAUCGCCUACUCACUCAUGGCUCGGGUCUUAUGGGGCUCUCAGGCCAUAGGAGAGGGCGACGCCAACUCUUCGCAACAGCACUCCAUUACCAGAUCCAAACAGAAAGUGGUCAUCAUGCUCAUUUGCGAUUUCGUCGCUAUUCAGUGAAAUGUCUUUCAUUUCUAUUCAUUUGUAUUACAAAAAGACAAUUAAAUUCCGAGUUCUCGACGAAUAUAACAGCCAAUCAACGAGUGCUCAAUACUCGAUGCAAACCCGACUCACAAAUGGCACAUCUCUAACAUUUUACACAUUUUUAUUUAUUAAUAUUUAUGUUUAUUAAUUAUAUCUUUUAAUAUUUUCAUCAAUAAUGUAAAUAGAUUUCAAUAAAUAUUGAUUAACUAAAGCC